CUGGUGAUUGGCAACAAGGCCGCGAGAGGAUUCCGAUACCCUUCUCUCUCUCUCCGAGCUCGAAUCCACCACCACCACCACCACCAAUCGGAGCCACCGGAGAGCGGCGGCGCAGCAGACGGCGGCGGCUGCGGGGGGCGAGAGGCCGAUUCGCCGGAGGAGAGAAGGAGAGAGAGAGAGAGAUGGCGUUCACGAUGCGCGCGGUGAAGGUGCCGCCGAACUCGGCGUCGCUGGAGGAGGCGCGGCACCGCGUGUUCGACUUCUUCAGGCAGGCGUGCCGCGCCAUCCCCUCCAUCAUGGAGAUCUACAACCUCGACGACGUCGUCACCCCGUCCCAGCUCCGCUCCACCAUCGCCAAGGAGAUCCGCAAGAACCAGGGCGUCACUAACCCCAAGGUCAUUGAUAUGCUCCUGUUUAAGGGGAUGGAGGAGCUGGGCAACAUCACCGAACACGCGAAGCAGCGCCAUCACGUCAUCGGGCAAUAUGUGGUCGGCCAAAAGGGACUGGUGCAGGAUAUGGAGAAAGACCAAGGGUCCUCAGACUUCCUGAAGAAAUUCUACACUAGCAAUUACUCCUAAUCUGUGCUGCAAACUCCUCCUCCUUCAGUAAUACCCGAGAAGUGAUCUGAAUAAGACGCUGAGAACCCACAGCUUUAAUUGUUUUAUCACUGGAAUCUUUUUGUUAUUCUGCUUGAUCCUUCAAUCAUCUGCGCAGUGUGGCGCUGUUGCUAGUGAAUUGUUUGUAACUUGUAGACUGUACUCUGCAAAGUUGAUGUUCAUGAGUUCAUACCGUGUGUCAAUGGGUUCGAACUCAUGUACCCAGCACAUGACCAUCACUCGUUUGUCGUGAAGUCAUUGAUUCGAUUAAUCUGUAGCAUAAAAGGUCAUGGCCAUGGAAACAAAUAAUAAGUGUUGCCGUUCUCUAAUA